GUCAUCAGUAAUCAAGACCGGAACAGAGCGGCCUUCUGUUGUCUCCCUUCCGGAAAACAAUGGCCGGCCACGACCACCACCACCACCACCACCACCAUUAUCACCGCCUACCUGUUCCCCAACGCUCCGUCACCUUUUCCGCCACUUCGGCCAGCAUCCCUCGAUCCUACCUCCUGCAUCCUUACCCUUCCUCCACGCCAACCCCGACUCCAUCCAAGUUUCGGCCUUCCUCUCUCUAUUCCUUCCCUUCCAAAUCCUCACAAAAUAAUAAAUCCCCCAUCUCCUUCCUCAUCCUUUCCCUCUUUCUUCGCUCCCUCUAUUCUCUCCUCCCUUUCCUCCAAUCUUCUCCUUCCUCCUUCACCCUCUUCCCCUUCUCCUUCCUCUUCUCUCUCCUCUCUUUCCUCCUUUCUCUAUUCUUCUCUCUUCUCUCCAAACAAAAUGCCACCAUUUUCUCCCUCUCUUCUCCCUCCCACUCCGAACUCAAGCUACUUCUUCCUAAAUCCCUCCUCUUAGCCACUGUUUUCGUGAUCAGGUUUCAAGCCCUCAGAUACUGCGGAACCGCAGCCAUGAUCCUCGUGGAGCUCUCAGGAAAUGUGGCUGCAAGGUUCUUUGCUGAAGGGCAGAACCCAAGUCGGAAUUUUUAUUCGUCUAUGGUUCGUGGGUUUUGUCUUUUAUUUGCUGGUUUACUUUUUCUGUCCAUGAGUUGGUAUCAGACAGAUUGUUUUCCUCUUAGUACCUACUUUGUAGAUAAAUUUGGAUUCUCGGUCUAUCGUAGAGAGAACUGUCUAAGGAUUUGGCCUAUGUUGCUUCCCUUCUUGUCUGGAUUUUUGGGUUAUUAUGAGAGGGUCUCGAUGAACUGGUGGAGUAUUAGGCAACUAGGUCGAAAACGGGUUCGGUUGAUUACAUUGUUUUUUGCUACAGUUUUUCUCUUUGUGCCUGCUACUGUGAGUUUCUUUGUGUUUAAGGUUGAAGGAGGUGGUGUUUCUAUUGGGAAUAUAGGUUGGCCUUUGGCUAAUACGGUUGUUUUUGGAGUGCUUUUGAGUGGGAAUUAUGGUGAUGACAAGGUAGUCAGUUCUAAGGACUUCCAUAGAGAGUUUUUGGUUACCUUUGUUUGCACUAUUGUUUUGGAGCUAUUUUAUUCCCCGGAAAUAUCACUCAUGGGAUUGGCAUUGUGUGGCUUCUUGCUGUAUUUUGCUGUUUGUGAAUUGGACCCUGUUUAUUCAAAAUAUGUUGAACUGGGGUUGGACUCUGCAGAGCCAUUAAGUGUGUUGAUCAUGAAACCUAUUCGUCAUAUAUUAAGUGAGAGGAAGUCUCGAAAGAUUGCUCUUUUUCUUUUGAUUAACACAGGUUACAUGGUUGUGGAAUUUGUCGCGGGGUUUAUGAGUAACAGUCUUGGGUUGAUAUCAGAUGCAUGCCACAUGUUGUUUGAUUGUGCUGCUUUGGCGGUUGGACUGUAUGCAUCAUAUAUUUCUCGUUUUCCUGCUAAUAGUCAGUUUAAUUAUGGUAGAGGGAGAUUUGAGGUUCUAUCAGG